AUGUUCUAUUAUAUUCUACGCGGAGCCAAAAACCCGAAAAGGGACGGGAUGACCAAAUGGUACUCUCACGUCGGUACCAUAGGCCGGGUCGGUCAAAAACUUUUCGCUAUUCCGGAAAGUGUCCAAAAAACCUCAGCAGUGGCACUGUCGAAUGCAUCUUCAACGAAAAUCCACCCAACCUUCUUCAAGCGAGAAAAGUACAAGGAUAUCGGUGUUCAGCCUCGCGAUCUGAACGUCCCAGUGGGAAGGAUCCACAAGCAAGAAGGCCGUCUCGGUGGUCUCAAAGCUACCAAUGUUGAGAACUUCAUACAACUGUGUGUUAAUUACCGUCUGUCGCUGACACAAGUGCUGACGUGA